AUGGCAAACAGCGAGCGCGCCGCUUUCCAGGCUGAGGUCGCCGAAGUAGAACAGUGGUUCAAGAGCCCACGGUUCGCUCGAGUUAAGCGUCCUUAUACCGCUGCUCAAGUGGUCUCAAAGCGGGGCACCAUCCCUAUCAAGUACCCCUCUGGCCUGCAGGGCAAAAAGCUGUUCGCACUCCUCGCCGAACAUGCGAAGAACGGGACUCCCUCUCAUACCUAUGGAGCUCUUGACCCCGUUCAGAUUACGCAAAUGGCCAAGUAUCUUGAGACUGUCUACGUCUCGGGAUGGCAAUCAUCGAGUACUGCAGCGAGCACAAACGAGCCUGGCCCAGAUCUUGCCGACUAUCCAUCCAACACUGUGCCCAACAAGGUCGAGCAUCUGUUCAUGGCCCAGCUCUUCCACGACCGCAAACAGCGAGAGGCUCGCUCCAACAUGUCCGAAGCUGAACUUGCCGCUACGCCCUACAUCGACUACCUCCGUCCCCUCGUCGCUGACGCUGACACUGGCCACGGUGGUCUCACUGCUAUAAUGAAGCUCGCAAAGAUGUUUGUUGAAAAAGGUGCCGCUGGCAUCCACAUCGAGGAUCAAGCACCUGGUACCAAAAAGUGUGGUCACAUGGCCGGCAAGGUGCUCGUCCCCAUCUCCGAGCACAUCAACCGUCUGGUUGCCAUUCGUCUCCAAUUCGACAUCAUGGGUGUUGAGAACCUCGUGAUUGCUCGAACUGACUCUGAGGCUGCCACGCUCAUCACGACCAACAUUGAUGACCGGGACCAUGCUUUCAUUCUUGGCUCGACUAACCCAUCACUACCUCCGCUCGUUAAUGUCAUGGGGGAUGCUGAGAAAGCAGGCAAGUCGGGAGAUGAUUUGCAAGCCAUCGAAGAUGCUUGGACUGUUUCGGCGAACCUGCAGCUCUUCUCUGAGACCCUCGCCAACGCUAUUGCCAAGCAAGGUGCUUCCAAGGCCACCGUCGACAGUUUCAUUGCGCGAGCUGGCAACGUUUCGUAUCCCCGAGCUGUGUCUAUUGCUCAGACUGAGUUUGGCCUUAAGACUGUUCCGUACUGGGACUGGGAUUCACCACGAACACGCGAAGGCUUUUACCGAUACCAAGGUGGAACACAGUGUGCUAUCAAACGCUCUGUUGAGUAUGCACCAUACGCCGAUGCUCUAUGGAUGGAGACGAAGAAGCCCAUCCUGUCCCAGGCGCGAGAAUUUGCCUACGGUGUGCACGCUGCACGACCAGGCCACUGGUUGGCCUACAACUUGAGCCCGUCAUUCAACUGGGAUGCGGCAGGUCUUGGCACGGAUGACAUGAAGAACUAUGUGUGGGAGCUUGGUAAGCUUGGAUUCUGCUGGCAGUUUAUCACUCUCGGUGGUCUGCACUCGAAUGCAUACAUCAGCGACUUGUUCGCGAAGGAGUAUGCAAAGGAAGGUAUGAAAGCCUACGUCGAGCUCGUGCAACGAAAAGAACGGGAAAUCGGCACGGAUGUUCUGACCCACCAAAAGUGGAGUGGUGCGGACUAUGCCGACAACCUCAUCAAAACUGUUACUGGGGGUGUAUCAUCAACAUCAGCAAUGGGCAAAGGUGUCACUGAGGAUCAAUUCAAGUCGAAAUUGUAA